UCCACUCUUUCACGCUCGGUUAGUCGUUCAUGAACAUCCAGGCGUGCUUUCUGCCCACCCCGGUCCACUUCUGUCCAUCCUAAAAAAAAAUUCAAUGUUUUGAAGCCGCCAGGCCGCAGACGCACACGGGUCACCAUGUCCACCGGGUCUCUGAGCGACGUCGACGACGAGCUUCUGGACGGCAUCCUCAAGUUCGGUAAAGACUCCAACGACAGCACGGAGGAGGAGGAGAGCUCCAACUGCGAGGACGCCGGUGCCGGCGAGGACCGGAGAGACGCGCCGGGGAAGAAGCGCAAGAGCGCGUCCCGCGGCGGCGCGUCCCGCGGCGGCGCGCCGCAGGAGGGCAAGCAGGUGCAGAGAAACGCCGCCAACGCACGGGAGAGAGCCAGGAUGCGCGUCCUGUCCAAAGCCUUCUCCCGGCUGAAGACGUCCCUGCCCUGGGUACCGUCGGACACCAAGCUCUCCAAGCUGGACACGCUGCGCCUGGCGUCCAGCUACAUCGCGCAUCUCCGGCAGAUUCUGGCCAAUGACAAAUACGAGAACGGAUUUAUCCACCCCGUCAACCUGACGUGGCCUUUCAUGGUUGCAGGGAAACCGGAGAACGAAUUGAAGGAGAUGCUGAACACGACCCGGUUGUGCGGAACAACAGCGUCCUGAUGCAAAGGAGUGGACACUUUUGUAUAUAUAUAUAUACAUUUUCAAGGAUUUUCCGAAUAAGAAAAAUGCUUUUGACUGACAUGCAGGUCUCAUCUCUGCAGACUUUGAGUGGGAAUAAUGGAGCGAGUUCAUCCUCUCUCCUUCGUUCCUGUAAUGGGAAAAAAAAAUAAUUUUAUUUAAAUACAUUUUUCUCACAUGCUGUCUUUGCUGGUUCAAAGAUAAUCUUUGUUCUUUAAACUGCUUUUUGUAGCAUGCAGUUGCAAUUUUUGCAUUUUACCCCUGCAGGCCUGUUUGCGACUGCUUCUCGAUGGAUGGAUAUGCACAUGAACAUUACAACUGUCCAAUCUCUCAACUUGCUGUACAGGUUGCAUGUAUAUAAAAUAUAUUUGUAUGACUUUUAUACCCUGUGUACUGAAUGCUUUUUUUAAAUUGAACUUUUUAUAACACUUAUUUUCCUGUGCGGGCCAUGCUUUGACCCGGUAACCUCUGUUAUCAGCCCUCUCCUUCAGGACACCAGAACCUGAGCACCAACAAAGCGUGAGUGCAGAUAAGUCACUCUGUGUUGUUUGUGAAAGAUAACAGCAAACUAGUUCCAGUUAUAUAAACAAACGUUUGGCUGCGAAGAUUCUUCGGGGCCACAAAUAUAUUUGGGGUUCGUGUAAUUUAAACAAGUCAAAUAUAGUUGAAUAAUUUCAAUGACAGCUAAAUUCCAAAUGAGUAACUUAAAUAUUGUCCUUUUUGUUCCUUUGAGACAUUGCAACAUUUGUAAAACUGACAUUUUCAUAAGAUAUUUGCUACUACAGCUGAGCUGUGUUAUUAGCUACAGGAUUUUCAUUAGCUGUGGCUUGCCAAACGUCGCAGCGCACUCACAUCCAUGUCUUGAUUGGACGGACUGCUUUGGUCCAGCCAAUCAGAAGUGAGGGGCGGAGCAGAGGUCAGAGCAGAAGUACCAUGGUAGGGAAGCAGUGCAGUGAGCGGCAGACCCACACAGACCCGUUGUUUCCAUUUGCCCGGGUUAUGACCGUUGUGUUUACAUCAUGCCGACAGUUAUUUAUGCGGUCUGACACACGGCCUCUCUCUCUCGCUUUUUCUCAAAGAAGGAUGCUGUAAAAGAAGUGACCGCAUACAUCAACUUAGUUUUUUUUUUUUUUUUAAAUACGUAAUCCCUUAACUUUCUUCCCCCUUUGUCUGUUUUUAUCGGUUUCUCACAGGGAGUCUCUCUUUCUCCAACAGCCUUAACCAUUUUAAGAAAGACUUAUUAAAAUAGGUAUAAAUACUA